CGCCAAAGUCCUGCUAUUCAUCAUGACUCCUUUAUGGGAACCUUCAACAUAUAUGCAAAAUUGCUGAACUGAAGUAUUUCAGGCGGAUGAUUCUGCAAGCACUACUACUGACAGCUUAUUUCUUCGAGGAUCUAUGGGGCUGAAACGCUACUUUUCCAUCCUCAAGUCAAAGACGAGAGAUCAUUGCCAAAAUUGGAAGAAGAAGCUGCCUUGGCUAAGACAAACCACUGAAUCAUGAGGGCUUCCUUCAAUAUAUCUAGAUCUCUCCCACUGGAAAUUAUCAUUCUUGGCCUUGUUCUUUGGUAGGACGGUUCGAAACAUGAUGCCAUAGGGAAGUUAUAAUGAAGUGAAAUGGUUGAACAUCGAAGUGGAAUUUGAUAUCUACUAAUCAGUGUGUAAGAUUUGUGCACUAUUGUAGCUUGGAGGGAUUCUGUACUCUGGUUAAAUGUUACUUUCUAAGGAUUAGUUGGCUGUGGUUGAUUGUUGUAAUUUGAGUUUGGUAUGAACUAUGAAGGUGUUAGAUGUUGUAAUGUUUUACUUUUGUAACUUUGUCAUCUUAGUUACAUAUGAUUGUACAUUAUGGUAUGAACCUGAUGUUUAUACUAAAUCAAUGAAUUUAAGACACGUGUAUUGCAUACACGCAUUUAUCGCUUAACCAUGGUUAAGUAAUAUGUAUUCUCACUUUAAUUUAUAACUCCCAUAGUUAAAUUGCGCUUUAAACACCCGAUGCCGAUAAGUAUUUACCGGGGCUGAGCAAGAAGAGAAACCGGAUUUAUCUUUUGAAGUGUGAAAGAUAUGAGAAAAUUGGAGUUUGGUAAGUUUGGUAUGGAAAAAGUCCUCUACGAGGAAAGUCUUCUUCUAAACAAAAAAUGAGCACUAGACAGUUUCAAAACAUGUCAAAAGUUCUAAAACUCAAUAGUCCAAAAGACUGGAAUUUUUAACUCUUAAUGGUAUGAAUGAUUCAAAGGAGAUACAAACAACUCCCAUGACAUUUUUGUGAUACUUAUCUGGGGUUGACAAAUUAAAAUUCAAAUUUGGCGGCUUGUGCUAGUAGAUUUUGACAACCUAUUGUGCUUUGGUACAGAUAACUGAACCAAAAGAAAGUCUUACAGUAAGGUAACAGGAAGGCUUAGUAAACCAAAAAGAUGACCAACAUCAGCAGAAAUGUGCAACAUUUUGUUCAUGUAAUUCUUGUAGUUCUUCAUUGUUUCAAUGCAGGAUUUUGCACAGAAGUAGAUAGCAUUACCAGCACUCAAUCUCUGAGAGAUCCUGGGAUUUUAUCGUCUCCAAGAGGCAUCUUCAAGUUAGGAUUUUUCAGUCCUUUAAACAGCACUAAUAGGUAUGUUGGUAUUUGGUACAAUUUUUCUGAAACAAUUGUCAUUUGGGUAGCUAAUAGGGACAAACCUUUAAGAGAUUCUUCUGGGGUUGUGAAGAUAUUUGGUGAUGGAAAUGUCGUCGUUAUGAACGGAGAGGAGGAGAUUCUUUGGUCAUCAAAUGUUUCAAUCUCUCAGGUAAAUGCAAUUGCUCUUCUCCAAGAUUCUGGGAACUUUGUUCUUGUAGAUUAUUUGAACAAUGAGAGCACAAUAUGGCAGAGUUUUGAACAUCCUUCUGAUUCAAUUGUCCCUGAAAUGAGAAUAAGUGAAAACACAAGGACAGGGGAAAGGGUAGAAGUAAAAUCUUGGAGAAGCCCCUGGGAUCCUAAUUUCGGGAACUUUUCUUUAGGAAUGAGCUCUGUAAUCAUUCCUCAGAUGUAUAUCUGGAAAGGAAGCCGUCCCUAUUGGCGAAGUGGUCAAUGGAACGGCCAGAUCUUCAUCGGAGUGCAGGACAUGUAUUCUGUGUCGAUUGAUGGAUUUAGCGUAGUGAACGAUCGCGAAGGUAAUGUAUAUCUUACUGGCCCUGUUGGUUUUAGUUUCUUAACGAAAUUCAUCUUGGAUUGGAAAGGAAACUUGGUUCAAUCAUUUUGGGAUAAGCAUGAGAAAAAUUGGAAGAUAAUAUGGUCAGCGCCCAAAAAUGAUUGUGAAGUUUAUGGAACGUGUGGUACAUUUGGGAGCUGCAAUUAUGUGGAGUCGCCGAUCUGUUCUUGUCUGAAAGGUUUCGAGCCAAAGCAUAGGGAAGAAUGGGAAAGGGGCAAUUGGACUAGUGGUUGUGUUAGGAAGAGAGCUUUGCAAUGUGAAGUAAGGAGCAACUCAGAGGAUUCAAGUAAAGAAGACGGAUUUCUAAAGAUGGAGUUAAUGAAAUUGCCUGAUUUUGCAGAAAGGUCAUUUGCUACAGAAGACCAAUGCAGAAGCCAAUGUUUGGGCAACUGUUCCUGCAUAGCCUAUGCAUAUGACUCAGAUAUCGGCUGUAUGUUAUGGAGUAAAAAUUUGAUUGACAUUCAGCAGUUCCAAAGCUGGGGGAAAGAUCUCUAUAUUCGCGUGGCACAUUCAAAACUUGAUCAUCAAAAAGACAUAAAAAAGAUUGUAAUUCCAGUAAUCCUUGGUACUCUUACACUCUGUGUUUGUUCCUUUGCUGUACAAGGAUGGCCAGAUGUAGAGACCCUGCUGAUAUUAGGAGUGAAAAGAAAGGAGGUAGUUUUACUUGGUGAUAGAAGUGCAGUUCAUAUGGAAGAAUUACCUGUCUUCAACUAUGGAAUUCUUGCAAAUGCCACGGCCCAAUUUCAUGAGGAUAAUAAGCUUGGUCAGGGCGGUUUUGGUCCAGUUUACAGGGGAAAAUUGGAAGAUGGGAAGGAAAUAGCAGUCAAGAGGCUUUCGAAAGCCUCUGGACAAGGGCUAGAGGAGUUCAUGAAUGAAGUGUUGGUGAUCUCUAAAGUCCAACAUAGAAACCUUGUUAGACUCUUCGGAUGUUGUGUCGAUAAAGAUGAAAAGAUGUUGGUUUAUGAAUAUAUGCCAAUGAAAAGCUUGGAUGUGUUGCUCUUUGAUGAAGGACAUCGGAGCAUUUUGGAUUGGCGGAAAUGUUCCGCUAUAAUCGAAGGAGUUGGCCGAGGGCUCCUUUAUCUACACAGAGAUUCAAGAUUGAAGAUAAUCCAUAGAGAUCUAAAGCCAAGUAACAUUUUGCUCGAUAAUAACUUCAACCCGAAGAUUUCAGAUUUUGGCAUGGCUAGGAUAUUUGAAUCUGACCAAGAUCAAGCAAACACAAAGAGAGUAGUUGGUACUUAUGGAUACAUGGCCCCCGAAUAUGCAAUGGAAGGAAGAUUCUCUGAGAAAUCCGAUGUUUUCAGCUUUGGAGUUUUAGUGUUAGAGAUCAUAAGUGGCCGAAAAAGUACAAGUUCUUGGAAUGAGACAUCCUCUUUGAGCCUUUUGGGAUUUGCAUGGAAGUUGUGGAAAGAACAAGAUUUAUCAACUUUUAUUGAUCCGUUCAUAAUGAAUCCGAGCACGACAAUGGAGAUUAGAAAAUGCAUGCAAAUUGGUUUACUGUGUGUUCAAGAAUUUGCUGAAGACAGGCCAAGUAUUGCAUCUGUUAUUGCAAUGCUUACAAGUGAAAUUACAAGUCUUCCAGCACCAUUAAAACCUGCUUUUACUGAAAGACAUGCCAGUUUCUUCAAAAUGUGCAAUGAGAAUAGAGAAAACAAGUGUACUUUGAACAAUAUCAGUAUCACAAACUUUACUGGUAGAUAACAUGAACAUAUGAAAAUACUUUUUUUAAGAUAUAUAAAAUUUAUUGGAAUUAUUUCA